AUGUUACGUUCAAGCACGAAGAAUAGGAUCAUUCCUUCAUUAUCCAAGCUCAAAGAUUUCCUCGAAUCUGGUCAUGAAGUGGCCAGACUUUUGAAAAGAUCUGCCUGGUUUUUGACAACAGAUUUGGAUGAAUCCUUAAUGCUGAAUGUGGAAAUCCUCAAGAGCUGCGGUAUACCUAUGGAGCGUAUCCAGCACUUCCUCUAUAUUCGGCCGAGAUGCUUCUUGGUGAAGCCUCAUAUUAUGAGGAAAUCUGUAGACAAGGCCAUAGAAAUUGGGGCAUCUAAGGCUUCUAUCAAUUUCAUUUUUCUUGUUGAUUUAUUUGCCCUUAAGAGUAAGAAGAUGUGGGAAGUGAAGUGGCAAAGUCUCCGCAAUUUGGGAUUUUCUGAUAAUGACAUGCACGUGAUUCUUAGGAAGCAACCAACAGUUUUUGCGGUUUCUGGAAAUAAAAUUAAGAAUGUGAUAGAUCUUCUGGUUGCUACCAGCAAGUACAAUAUGUCCAGCAUUGUCACUUGCCCGUCAGUGCUCGGGUGCAGCAUCGAAAAGAGGCUUGAGCCGCGGCUGCAGAUUCUGAGACUUGUGGAUAGUAGGAAUCUGAUUGCAAAGUAG